UUUUGCUUUCCGUACACUUGUUUUGCUACACACAAUGAACACGUUUGAGUAGUACGUUACCAUGAACACUACCAGUAAUGCCCACAGUCACAGUCCUAUCAAAGACGUAUAUCUUGGAACGGAAUGCGGCAAGAUAUCUGAAGUUAAUGAGUCGAUCAUUGGAAGGCGAAUAGUACAUGAAAAAAACUUUGGGACUAUCUGUUAUGUCGGUGAGUUGCCGAGAUCGAAAGGGUCUUGGCUUGGAGUUGAUUGGGAUGACCAAUCACGUGGCAGACAUGAUGGGACUUACGAUGGUGUCCGGUAUUUUCAGGCUAAAUGUCCCACUUCCGGUUCAUUUGUGAGGCCUUCAAAGGUGUCAUUGGGUACCAGUCUAGAGGAAGCUCUCGUAUAUAGAUAUGCCGUCUGCACAACUUGUCAACUGGAAAUCCAGACUUCUUUGCGAUCACGGGAAAAGCCCACAGGUAGUUCUCAUAAUAUUCUCGUUCAUGAAUGCACCCAACUUGGUCAUCUAAACAGUUACCUUGGUAGUACUGCGGAGGAAGCUGAAUACUUUGGUACUCACGGAUACCCAAAAGACACAUUACGUGUCGAACUUUACACUAAUCCUGGGACUUACCAUCAAUCGACUUCUCAUGACGAAUUAUGUGGAGCAGAUGCAGCCAAAAGUUGUCUCAGCCGAUUAAAUAGUGUUAGUUUGUCUUCUGUGCCCGUAUAUCGUGCACUAUAUGGAAAAAGUGACUUUUUCCCUGAUCGACAACCUGAAUACUCACCACUUUGGCCAUCAUCUGGAGGCUGUCUCGACCAGUUUUUAUCCAGUUUAUGCGAUCUGGAAAUGAGCAAUUGUCUGUUGUCAAAGUGGACAGAAAUUGCUGAGAUUUGUAUUCAAAUUCCGUGGUUAAAAUCCUUGAAUGUCAGUAACAACCGCAUUCGUUUACCCGUUUCUCCAAAAGAAGCGCAUGAUAAACAAAAAGAAAAUGAAUGUCUGGAAUCUAGACUUUUAUAUGACAUAUAUUCGGACCCUGUCCUAAGUGAACGGUUGUGUUCGAACGCUUUUCCCCAGUUGUCGCAACUUACUUUAGUCAAAUGCUCACUCCUAAAUUGGAAAAGUAUUAGGCGGAUAUUAUGUUGGAUGCCAUCCUUACAGUCGUUAUCUCUAGCUUACAAUAAUUUGGGCAAUCCUCCAAUUGACUGGGAAGAAAGUGCUAUUGAAGUUUUCCAAAAGUUGACUGAAUUAGACUUAACUCACAUAAAUCUAACGUCCGCUCAUCAGUUAUUCGCCCUUAUUGGAGCCUCCAAAUGUCUGAACAGCCUGUUGUUAAAUUACAACGAGAUAGCAGACAUUCCAAAUCUAAAUGAUCAUUCUAAGCACAUCUGCCAAAUACAUGUACACGAUAAAGAUAGUUCACAUCUGUUUCGAAACCUUAACACUCUUGGGUUAAAGAACAACUUAUUCACAAAUUGGAAUUUCGUUAAUCAAUUACUGCAUUUGUCCAAAUUGGAUCAUUUGAUGGUAUCAGGAUGUCCAGUUUUCGAAAACUCUGUCAGUAUAGAAACCGCUCGUCAGGAAGUCAUUGCUCGUUUGCCAAAUCUUAAAAUGUUAGACCGUGUUGAGAUUACUCCUGAAGAGCGCCGCGGAUCUGAAUUGGACUACUUAAAACGUUACGGAGCUAGCUGGCUAAACUGUUGUAAAAGUGAUCAAAAUAGUAAGCAAAAUAACGAUAUUAAACUUUUGGAGGAAUUCUACAAAUUGCAUCCUGUUUUCGCCAGACUUUGUGAUAAACAUGGAGCUCCUGAAAUUGGAGAAACCAAGCCAGUUAACCGCUCAAUUAAAGCUGGUCUUCUAUCUCUUAUCUUUAUAUUACAACAUAACAAGAACAAUGGCGCAACAAACAAGCCUAGCAGUCGAUCGUCAUCGCCAAUGGAUAAAAACGAUCGAAUUCAAAAACAAAUACCUAGUCAAAUGACUAUUAACCAUUUACGUAUGAUGAUUAGACGAUUGUUUUGUUUAUCACCAAAAACACUGUUUGAAUUAUAUGCACAAAGUGGAAGGCAUCGUGGUAUUGUUAACACUGAAAUACCGUUGGAUGUAGAUACACGUGAAAUAGGAUUUUAUAAUUUAGAAAAUGACGAUUAUAUUUUUAUACGAAUAUGACAAUAGUGUUCUAGUCUUUCCUUCCUUGUAUUUACUACUUGGUUAUCUCUAGUAUUUAUCUAUGUUGUAUAAUAUAUAUCUUGAUAUUCCUAAAAAUCAAGCUUGUAUUUAAUUAUUUCUUAUCCACUUACACUUUUAUGAGUUCUGUUGUGUACAUGACACAUUGUUCCAUCAACCAAGAAAGUGUAAUUAUGCGUAAACUUGAGAUAUUUUCUUUAAAUUGACUGCUUGAGGCUACCAAUUUUAUCAAAGUUUGCUUUAAGCUUAGACUCGAAUAAUGUUGUUCAAGUAAACAGCCUUCAUAAGGUUUAUGUAUUUUUGUGAUACACCUUUCACUAAAAAGCGCUAUCAAAAGAAUUUCCAGACGUUCUUAAUCAUCCCUCUGUUUCAGAGCACAGUCUAACAUAAUCAAUUGACGUAUAUCUGCUCGUCCAUUUUUGAAAUCAGUUUGAUUUUCCCGAGUUUGCUGUUCAGGAACUUUAUUUGAGAUUUUGGUGAUUUCAGACAUUACUUUAUUCAACUUGAUUGUUCUGGCUACCGCGAGAGAAUAUCUUUCCUCUCUCUUAG